AUGCCACUUCAACAGUCAGGGUCGCGUCCUAAGCAGAUGAUCUUUCAUCGUGAGAGUAACAGUGCUGAUGGAUUUUUUGAAUACGAUCGUAAUACUAGCAAUAGGCAGCCAGAAAGCUUUUUCUGGAUAUCAGAAAAUCCAAAAUCCGACAAACUUGCGGUUAGAAGGAAUGCAGCUAUCAUGGUACGAAAACCUCCUGAGAUCCGGAUUGAUUCCAGCCAAACGGCACAGUCACCAUUAAGUCCUUUACAUUUCGAUUGGGGGUUUAACGAUAACUCGGCGAGCGGAAGUAUGGAUAAAAGUGUGGAUGAAAGUGUGGGUGGCCAAGGGAAUAAGAGUACACCGAACCUAACAAAGGUAGAAUCGACACCAAUUGAGGAAGAUGUUGGUUCUUUGUCUCCAACUAUAUCCAAGUCCAAAAGUUGUGUUUCGUUAAGAAGUGCGACUCGUACCUUGCAACCAAGUCCGAUUAAUGAUAAUAAUCAGCAUCAUAAUCGUCAGCCCCGCUAUCAUUACUUCCCCCAAACCCUGGCGCCCCCAAAAUUGGACUCAGGUGAUGCACCAUUAGCAACACAAGCGCAGACUUGCAGCAACACUGGCAUGGUAUUUUCAGAAAAAGAAAUUCCGCAGCAGGCACAAGGAAAGUCGAAGUUGAGGUUACAUUCUUAUAAAAGAGAGGCGCAAGCUACCUCGUCAGAUAAGCUUAUGGAAGGGGAAGGGAAAGAGGAAGGAUCAAAUAUUAAUCUCUUCCAUAAUCCAAAUACUUCAUCGUUGUUAAAUCAUCUUAUUAAUGAUAAAGGAAAUCCAAUUCCUACCAUUACUAGUAUCCCUAGCAUUCCUCAAACUCCUACUACCACCAAAAAAUUAAUACGAUCAACCAAGUCAUACGAUAGAUUUAUUCUCAGAUCAAGGGAAAAAUCUUUCUUUCAUUUUCAUUCUCAUCAAAAUAAUUCUCAUCAGCAACAAGAUCAACAACAGCAGUCCAGUCAUAGCAAGAAAUCGAUAUCAACAUCUGCUUCAUGUUCGAAUCUACAAAAGAUGGUCGAAUUUACCGAUAACGUCGAACAAUUAAUUCGCGAAACGGAUGAAGCAUUUCAAGCAGUUGGAUUUGCUUUAGGAGAUGCAAAAGCUGCCACUCGAGGAUUUCAGCAAUUCGAAAAUAGCAAAGCAGCCAGGAUAACUGGUAUGAGUGUUAAUGAUUUGAACAAUAUGAAUGUCAAGAAUAUCAACAAUACUAUCGUUACCCGCCAAAACCGAUCAACCUACUCGAGUAAACCUCUCGCACGGACCAAUUCAAUCUCGAAGCGCAAUCAAAUGCAGAAUUCCAACUUUUUGAACGAACGUCCAUCUUCAACCAGUCUUUCGGGAAAAUCCCCUGUACCAAGAUCUUCCUUUAAUUCAAAAGCAAAGAAAUCAAUUUCUCCUAAACAGAAGAAAAAUACUACUUCGGAUAAAGCUUCGAGAAAGAGUUUACCACACCCACAUUCAAGUGCAAGAUGGAACUUGGGAGAUGUCACAGCCAGUAUGGCUGAUGUUUUCAAAGGAAAAUUCACCAGACUGGAAGCCGAUGAGAUGUUGACUCCGGAUAGAUUACAGCAACUGGAGGAAAAGGCUGAAAAGGCAAAGUUAGAUAAUGAACGAAAAGCUUCAUUGGAAAAUGCUCAAACUGAAGCUGCUCGCAAUACCGACACAGUCAAAGAUGCGGAUGGGAUUGCUUCAGCAGGACAUGCACGGAAAAUAGAUGCUGAUAAGAAGCUUGAUACCAACAUUACAUCGUCGGAUAGCCCAAAUAGUGUAUCACCAACCGAACCAUUUCAUCUGGAACAUUUAUUACCUCGCAUCAACAAUGACAAGGACAAAACAUCCAAUUCAACACAAAGUCUUGGUUCUUCUUCACCACUACCAUUUACAUCAGCAGAUGUAUCCGAAUAUUCGGAAAAUGACCAUCAAAGAGGUCGAAAAGCAUUAUCCGAUGUAUCAAAUCCCGAUUAUGCCGAAAUCGAUGCUAUCGAACAAGCAUUUGAAGAUCUCAACUUCCCCUCUCCACCCCGCGAUUCCCCACAUUCUCCAUCCAGACUCCCACGGAGUCGUUCCAACACAGGAAUGACAAGUCUCCUACCCACCAUUCCCGAAAUCUCUCCCCUAAACAUCUUAGCUCCACGAACCCCUAAACGAAGCUUCUCGCAAGAUUCGGAAUAUUCCCAAGACUCAAGCACAUCCUCUGUAGACUACAUUCAAUUACCCUCUACACCAUAUACUCUCACAUCUCCACUUUUCCGCCACGGUCCCAUCCGUCUCGAACAUGUCUACCAUCGCUCUAAUCGCGAUUCUCUCUCUGCGCCCGAGUUUGAAGAAGCACUCGAUUGGACCGCAUUCCAGAUGGCAAUUUCAGGCACAAUGGACGAUGGGACAUUAGGCGCUAGCGAGGAAAGCAUCUGGGAAGCAGAUGAAGCGGAAGUUGAGAGUAUUUUCGACUGGUGGAGCGGGUUCGGGUAUCCUGGAAUUGGUCGUUUAGUUAAAGAACCACCUGUUUCUCGACGCAAGAGAGGAAAGUCCCUUGCGGCUACCGAUGCGGAAAAAAGUCUCCGGAAAAUUAAAGAUGGAAGGGAUAAUCGCGCGACGACUAUCGGACUUGGACUGGGCUUUGGUAUUCCUAGCGAAAGCAGUAGUGGCAGAUCUAGAACCCCAGAAUAUCAAGGUGGCCUAUGGGUAGAGACGAUUCGGGAUAGUGCGCCACAAGUAGUGGAAGCCGCGUCUGGACCUACGUUAGGAGCUAGAAGAGAUGUGGCGCUCAAAGUGAAUGUUCCAGAGCCGAAAAUCGAUGAUGAUGAUGAUAAUGAUUCGCUACCACCUUCGCCGAUUAACUUGGUUAAGAUUAAGGAUGAAUAUAUUCCUAUGGGAUACAACUUGGGACACGAUUUGGGGAUUUCCUGA